AUGUCCCUAUGGACUUUAAAUCGUGCGACGAAGCCGGCUGAGAGAGAGGAAGAGGAUAAGCUGCUUGAUGUGAGAUUGCAGGCAUCCCUGCGGUCGGUCUUUCAUGAUUCGCUGCUCACGGAUCCCAAGUCACGCAAAGUAAUUCUGGUGGAACAUCCACUACUGCCGUUGUACAUCAAGGAUACCCUAGCGCGAAUACUCUUCGACAAUCUCCAGGUACCUUCUAUCUCAUUCGCCUCAAGCCACCUGCUCUCUUUGUUGGCUGCGGGGAGGAUAACAGGACUCGUGCUAGACUGCGGCCACCUGGAGUCUACCGUAUUACCGAUAUUUUCUUCACGCCCUUUGUUCCCACAGCUACGUACAACACCCCUGGCAGGCUCUCGCUUAUCAUCCCACCUCCGAGCUCUUCUCCUUCUCUUCGGAACCUAUCUUCCACCACCAACAUCUCUGAGCGCAGCAGCCAACAUUCCCGCGGCAAACCGCUCCACACGCGUUCCGGAAGAAGUGCUUACCGAUUCUGUGAUAGAAGAGGCCAAGACCCGAUGCUGUUUCGUCGGCGAUGCGCUCGAUGCAUCAGACGUCCGCAUGAUGUCUCCUAGAGACGAUUCUACCGAACUGGAUCUACCACCUAGCGACCCAGCGAUGUCAGAGUCUGAGUUCUCGCGUGUCUCCGCAGACAUAGAUAGUAACUUCUCCUCGCAGCACGCGGCAUCAUCAGGAUACUCCGUGGUGUCGCACUCACAAGUGAAUUCCGAUGGACCGCGGCCAGGAGAAAGUCAUUUGCAGGCCCUCGCGACGAUGUAUACGCGGCAUUCCACUGCUACCGACUUGCACAUGCGCGUAGAUCCUCCGCCAUCGCAACAGACGGGCACGGGACAGGGAACGUUGAUCAUACCUGGAUGGAUUCGGGAGCGGGCUGCGGAGGUCCUUUUCGAAGGCGGCGACGUUGACGAGAGCAGCGUGGCGGAAGUUGUCCUCGAUUCUCUCCUUAAGGUACCGGUAGAUCUCCGGAAGACUCUCGCGUCGACUAUCGUGGUCGUCGGGGGCACCCCGAUGCUCCCAGGAUUCAUCCCGCGACUGCAUGCAGAACUCGCACAUGCAAUUAUGUCAUCGUCGUCUGCGCCAUCAUCGCGUCCGCCUAGUCGACCCGGCAAACAGCGACCCGCGCCGUACGACCGCUACGCCGCGCUCCGUCCGCUGCUGCCGUACUUCGCAAUUCUGAACAACCCGUUGCCGCAGCCUCCCGCGUCCGGGAGUGCGAGUGCCAAUGCCGGACGGGCGCCCGCGUUCACACCUGCUACGAUGGCUUGGGUGGGUGGAUCUUUGGCAGGUGCACUGAAAACCGGUGGCGUGGAAGUGCCCCGGGAAAAAUGGGAUGCAGACGAGGCUGAGCCGGACGAAGACGAGGCGGUGGUCGUCCUGCCGGAAGGGAUACUGCGGUCCCCCAAGAGCAUCAUCCCAGAUUGGACGAGAACUCCGCUGUCCGCAGGAGCGCCGUCUGUUGCGCAUGCUCGCCCGCAAGUGACCAUACUGGCAGCCGCUGAGACUGUCGUCGGAGCAUAG